AUGGCUCUGCGACGCUCCUUUGCUCUUCCGCAGCAGUUGCUGCGACCAGCAGCUCGCAUUUCUUCGGGAUUUAGCAAGCAACAGCGAAAUGGAUUUGCAACCGCUGUACCCCCAGUCACACAAGAUGCGACGGGCUCUAGGGGCCCGACCGCAAUGGUCUUUUUGAACAUGGGAGGUCCGUCGACAACAGACGAAGUUGGAGAUUUCCUCAGCCGAUUAUUCGCCGAUCGCGAUUUGAUACCCCUAGGGCCUCUUCAAACCUAUCUAGGUCCUCUCAUUGCGAAGCGGAGGACGCCAAAGAUCGUAAAACAAUACUCAGACAUUGGAGGAGGAUCGCCAAUCAGAAAGUGGUCCGAAUAUCAGUGCGAAGAGAUGUGCAAGCUUCUCGACAAGCUUAGCCCCGAGUCCGCACCACAUAAGCCCUACGUCGCUUUCCGAUACGCUUCACCACUGACGGAGGACAUGUAUGCACAAUUACUGGCAGACGGAUUCGGCAACGGAAAGGGAGGGCGUGCUGUCGCGUUUACGCAAUACCCGCAAUACUCGUGUUCUACGACCGGCAGCUCACUGAAUGAAUUGUGGAAGUGGAGGACCCGUCUGGAAGGGAAGCGCGCAGAUGGCGGCGAGGUGGAUGCGAACGGUUCCAUUCAGUGGAGUGUCAUUGACCGUUGGCCGACGCAUCCUGGCCUGGUUGAGGCAUUCGCAAGGAACAUUGAGGACCAACUCAAGACCUACCCUGAAGAUCGGAGAGCCGGCGUGGUCUUAUUGUUCUCAGCGCACAGUCUACCUAUGAGUGUGGUGAAUAGAGGUGACCCAUACCCAGCAGAGGUUGCUGCGACCGUCCAUGCAGUGAUGCAACGAUUGAACUUCAGCAAUCCCUACCGACUGUGCUGGCAGUCGCAAGUCGGCCCAUCUGCUUGGCUCGGUGCGCAGACCAGCGAUACAGUUCAAGAGUACGUUAAGCGGGGACAGACGGAUCUUGUCCUUGUUCCAAUUGCUUUCACCAGUGACCAUAUCGAGACCUUGUAUGAACUCGAUCUCGAAGUGAUGGAGGAAGCCGGUAAUCUCCCGGGAGUCAAGCGGGCCGAGAGUCUGAACGGCAACCCAGUUUUCAUCGAAGCUCUUGCAAACUUGGCCCAUGACCACCUGCGCAAGGGAGAGAAGUGCUCCCUGCAAAUGACGCUCCGCUGUCAGGGCUGCAAGAGCGAAAGAUGUCUGGAGCAGAAGAAGUUUUUUGCCGGUCAAAAAUACGCUCCUCUUGUACAAUAA